AUGGCACGGCAGCAUGCGCGGACCCUGUGGUACGACAGGCCCAGGUACGUGUUCAUGGAGUUUUGUGUUGAGGACAGCACCGAUGUCCACGUGCUCUUAGAAGACCACCGCAUUGUGUUCAGCUGCAAGAAUGCCGACGGAGUGGAGAUGUACAAUGAGAUUGAGUUCUAUGCCAAGGUGAACUCCAAGGACUCCCAGGAUAAGCGCUCUGGCCGCUCCAUUACUUGCUUCGUGAGGAAAUGGAAGGAGAAAGUGGCCUGGCCUCGGCUCACCAAGGAGGAUAUCAAGCCAGUGUGGUUGUCUGUGGACUUUGAUAACUGGAGAGACUGGGAAGGGGAUGAAGAGGUGGAGCUGGCUCAGGUGGAACAUUAUGCAGAGCUUUUGCAGAAGGUCAGCACCAAGAGACCUCCCCCUGCCAUGGACGAUCUGGAUGAUGAUUCUGACAGUGCCGAGGCAACAAGUAGUUAA